AUGGCCACAGCAAGAUUUAGAAAGACGUUUAAGUAUCCAACGGAUACGGAUUCCGAGGAUGACGGUCCGGAGGCGAUGGAUGAAGACGAACAAGACCAUCUCAUCCAAACAAUGCAACAAGAUAACGCAACCCGCAACGCCCAAUACUCACUCCUCCUCCUAGCCAUCUCCCUCCUCAGCACACUCCCAUACAUCCGCACCCUCUUCACACCCCACACAGCACUCCUCUCACUGCUUAGCAUAACCUCGUUGCUCUCUACAGCCUACCUGAUCCACAUCCUCCCACCUCACAUCACAGGCCUCCAAUACCUCGAUAAACUCAACAGCUCCUCCUCAUCCUCCUCCGCGCCUCGCAGUCUCGCCUCAAGGAAAGCAGCAAUGUUGCAAGCUGGCGGCGGUGGCGGACCAGUCGAGAAGUACUUACCCUUGUUGAACUGCGGGUUGUGCGUUGUGCUUGUUGGUUUAGGAGGUGUCGUGGGGAGGAGGUUGGAGGCGGGUGGAAGUGGAAGCGGGCUUUGGUGGGGGUUUGAGUGGCUACCUGCAGGUGUUUGGGGAGUCACGGUGUUGGCAAAGUGGGUUAUGGGGGGUGUGGAUCCCGAAGGAGAGCUGGGGAGUUUAAGAUAUGAGUUGAAGGGUGCGUAG